CGGGUGYUUUUCUCUUUCACUUUGUGGUUUUUGUGUUUCCCUUUCCAGUCUGAAAAUUUCCCUUUUGUCACAGGAAAGAUGAUGUAGGCAACUGAAAAAUCGUAUUUAAGAGACAAUCCUCAGCCUCUACUCCUCACAGAUCUUCUGCCAACAAAAACUGCUGCCUCAUCUCACAAACCAAACAUCUUKAGCACCUCAGUCAUCUCAGCCUGAACAAGAACUCCAACUAUGUCCGGCAUCAUCAAGGCAUUCCUGCUCCUGGCUGUGGUGGCCUGCAUCGCUAAAGCCCAGCUCAAUGAAGCUGGACAGAGCUGUUUGUGUCAGCGAUUCAGAAAUGGCAUCGACUCAAAGUCCAGUCCAAAGGACAUCCAGUUUUACCCGGCAACUAUCUUCUGUGACAGAGUGGAGCUUGUUGUCACCAGUGAAAAUGGCUAUCGCUACUGCCUGAACACUGAYCUGCAGGCCGUGAAAAAGAUGAUAGCUCGUUUCAUGAAGGCGAGGAAAACCUCCACCUCCAACCCUACUGAUGUCACCAGCUCCAGCGGCUUCAGCGCCACCACUGGCACCAGCAUCGACAGUGAAACCAGCAGCACCAGCGGCACCAGUGGCAGCUGGUGCUUGGCUGAAUAAGUUCUUCAUUUUUCUUCUGAACUAAUGCACCUUAAAGUUAAGAAAACAAGUCAAGUUAUACUGACUGUCCAUAAACUGUCGUCGUUUUGCAGGCAUACAUAUGUACGGCAAACUCACUGAUUUUUUUUUCAAAUACAACAGAUUUUUUUAAAAAAGCUCAAAUUUAUUUCAUGUUUCAGAGAUUGUAGGAUGUAAAAAAAUUAAGUUAAAUAACCAUCUCCUAACCUGCUUUGCUGAAUUAAGUUCUCCAUUUUCCUGUUCCCUUUUCCCAGCACCGCAGGUGCUGUUACCUCUGUCCCACAUUCUGUCUUUCCCUGUGGCUGACAGUCCGCUUGAACUACUGCCGUCCCUCCCUCUAAUUAAUUUUUUUUUUAAAUACAGAAUUUUUGUGAAAAUUGCAGAUUUUGGAGUGUUAAGAUACAAAUAAACAUCUAAAGGGACAGGUA